AAGCCCGCCCCUUCCGCCGCUGGAGCCUGGAGCGUGCACGCACCCAGACGCUUUGCGGGAGCGAGCGCGUUCGGGAGUACGGGGCUGGAGGAGGGCCACAGGCUGGGAGACCUGUGCCUGCAGUUCAGGGGCAUCUAUUUGUCUAGAAUACUUCUGGAGAAGAAACAAUGGAUUCCUUGGACCAUAUGCUGACAGAUCCCCUGGAACUAGGUCCAUGUGGAGAUGGCCAUGGUACACGAAUUAUGGAAGACUGCCUCUUGGGAGGCACCAGGGUUAGUCUACCUGAGGACCUUCUGGAGGAUCCUGAGAUAUUCUUUGAUGUCGUCAGUCUCUCAACAUGGCAGGAAGUAUUAAGCGACUCUCAGCGGGAACACCUCCAGCAGUUUCUGCCUCAUUUUCCUGCAGACAGUGUGGAGCAGCAGAAUGAGCUCAUCCUAGCUCUGUUCAGUGGGGAGAACUUUCGCUUUGGAAACCCUUUGCACAUUGCUCAGAAGCUUUUCCGAGAUGGACACUUUAACCCUGAGGUGGUCAAGUAUCGACAGCUAUGCUUCAAGUCACAGUACAAGCGAUACCUCAACUCUCAGCAGCAGUAUUUCCAUCGACUGCUAAAGCAGAUUCUUGCUUCCCGGAGCGACUUACUGGAGAUGGCCCGAAGGAGUGGCCCAACCCUUCCCUUCAGGCAGAAGCGUCCUUCACCAUCCCGAAGCCCUGAGGAGCGGGAGUGGCGGACCCAGCAGCGCUACUUGAAGGUCUUGAGGGAAGUGAAGGAGGAGUGUGGCGACACUGCCCCAUCCUCUGAUGAAGAGGCCACGUUGGAUUUACAAGAAAAAUUUUCUUUUGAAGAUCUCAGCUCAUGGCUUCCGAGCUCUCCAGCGCGUUCUCCUAGUCCUGCGGUGCCCCUGAGGGUGGUGCCCACGCUUUCCACUACGGAUAUGAAAACUACAGAUAAAAUAGAACUGGGGGACAGUGACCUGAAGAUAAUGUUAAAGAAGCACCAUGAGAAGCGGAAACAUCAACCAGAUCACCCGGACCUUUUGACAGGGGACCUGACCCUCAGUGACAUCAUGACUCGAGUAAAUGCUGGCAGGAAGGGCUCACUAGCAGCCUUAUAUGACUUGGCUGUCCUUAAAAAAAAGGUGAAGGAAAAAGAGGAAAAGAAAAAGAAGAAAAUAAAGCUGAUUAAAUCAGAGGCAGAGGAUCUGGCUGAAACUUUGAGCAACACUGAAGGGGUCCCACCUCUCUCACAGGCCCCAUCUCCACUGGCAAUACCUUCUAUCAAGGAAGAGCCCCUGGAAGACCUCAAGCCUUGCCUUGGAAUCAAUGAGAUUUCUUCCAGUUUUUUCUCUCUUCUAUUAGAGAUCUUGCUUCUGGAGAAUCAAGCUAGCCUUCCUAUGCUGGAGGAAAGAGUUUUGGAUUGGCAGUCAUCUCCAGCCAGCUCCCUCAACAGCUGGUUCUCUGCAGCCCCCAACUGGGCUGAGUUGGUAUUGCCUGCCCUCCAGUAUCUUGCUGGAGAAAGCCGAGCUGUUCCUUCCAGUUUCUCUCCAUUUGUCGAAUUCAAAGAGAAAACCCAGCAGUGGAAAUUGCUUGGCCAGUCUCAAGAUAAUGAAAAGGAAUUAGCUGCGCUCUUCCAGCUGUGGCUAGAGACCAAAGACCAGGCCUUUUGUAAGCAAGAAAAUGAAGACAGCUCAGAUGCUACAACACCUGUCCCUCGGGUAAGAACUGACUAUGUGGUGCGGCCCAGCACUGGGGAGGAGAAACGGGUUUUUCAGGAGCAGGAGCGUUACAGAUACAGCCAACCCCAUAAAGCAUUCACCUUUCGCAUGCAUGGCUUUGAGUCUGUGGUGGGGCCAGUGAAGGGUGUGUUUGACAAGGAGACUUCCCUCAACAAAGCUCGGGAACAUUCCCUUCUGCGCUCUGACCGGCCUGCCUAUGUCACCAUCCUGUCUCUUGUUCGGGAUGCAGCAGCUCGGCUGCCUAAUGGAGAAGGUACGAGGGCAGAGAUCUGCGAACUGCUCAAGGACUCCCAGUUUCUUGCACCAGAUGUUACCAGCACUCAGGUCAACACAGUAGUGAGUGGUGCCCUGGAUCGACUACAUUAUGAAAAAGAUCCUUGUGUGAAAUAUGACAUAGGACGGAAGCUGUGGAUCUACCUGCAUCGGGACCGGAGCGAAGAAGAGUUUGAGCGGAUUCACCAAGCACAAGCAGCUGCGGCUAAAGCCAGAAAAGCCCUUCAGCAAAAACCCAAGCCCCCAUCCAAGGUGAAGUCCAAUAGCAAGGAGACUUCAUUAAAAGUCCUCAGCAGUGGACCUUCUGAGCAAAGCCAGAUGAGUCUCAGUGACUCUAGUAUGCCACCCACCCCAGUAACUCCUGUAACCCCCACCACACCAGCAUUGCCUACCACCCCAAUUUCCCCUCCACCUGUGUCAUCAGUGAACAAAAGUGGCUCUACUUCUGUCUCAGAACCAGCUAAGUCUAGUUCAGGGGUCCUUCUGGUGUCCUCACCAACAAUGCCACAGCUAGGAACAAUGCUAUCCCCAGCUUCCAGCCAGACUCCACCCAGUUCACAGGCUGCUGCCCGGGUUGUAAGCCACUCUGGCUCAGCUGGACUGCCCCAGGUGCGGGUGGUGGCUCAACCUAGCCUUCCUGCUGUCCCACAGCAGUCAGCAGGACCAGCACAGACACUGCCACAGAUGCCACCAGGACCACAGAUCCGGGUGCCAGCCACUGCCACACAGACCAAAGUUGUACCCCAGGCAGUCAUGGCCACUGUUCCAAUCAAAGCGCAAACUGGGGCACCCAGUGUACAGCGGCCUGGACCCAUGCAGACAGGGCUUACGGUGACAAGUCUCCCUGCUGCAGCCAGCCCUGUGAGCAAGCCAGCCACAAGUUCCCCUGGGAGCUCGGCUCCAAGUGCCUCUACAACUGCAGUCAUUCAAAAUGUUACAGGACAGAACAUCAUCAAGCAGGUGGCCAUCACUGGGCAGCUUGGUGUGAAGCCCCAGACAGGCAACAGCAUCCCACUCACAGCCACAAACUUCCGAAUUCAGGGUAAGGAUGUACUGCGACUGCCACCCUCUUCCAUCACCACAGAUGCCAAGGGCCAGACGGUUCUUCGAAUCACACCGGACAUGAUGGCCACAUUGGCUAAGUCCCAGGUUACCACAGUAAAAUUGACUCAGGACCUCUUCGGGACAGGAGGUGGUACUGCAGGCAAAGGCAUCUCUGCCACCUUACAUGUCACUUCCAAUCCAGUCCAUGCAACUGAUAGCCCUGCCAAGGCCAGUUCAGCCAAUGCUCCUUCAUCUGCUCCAGCAGGCACCACUGUGGUCAAAGUGACUCCCGACCUCAAGCCAGCAGAGCCCUCCAGUUCAGCUUUUCGCUUGAUGCCAGCCCUUGGUGUGAGUGUGGCAGAUCAGAAGGGAAAAAAUACAGUGGCCUCUUCGGAAGCGAAGCCAGCUGCCACAAUUCGCAUCGUGCAGGGCCUGGGAGUAAUGCCUCCCAAAGCAGGCCAGACCAUCACUGUUGCAGCGCAUGCCAAGCAAGGGGCCUCAGUGGCCAGUGGGUCUGGAACUGUCCAUUCUUCAGCAGUAUCCUUGCCCAGUAUGAAUGCUGCUGUGUCCAAGACUGUGGCUGUAGCUUCUGGGGCUGCAAACACACCCAUCAGCAUCGGGACAGGAGCCCCCACUGUGCGGCAGGUCCCCGUCAGCACCACGGUUGUGUCCACGUCCCAGGCUGGGAAGCUACCUACACGGAUCACAGUUCCACUGUCUGUGAUUAGCCAGCCAAUGAAGGGCAAGAGUGUGGUCACAGCCCCUAUCAUCAAAGGCAACCUGGGAGCCAACCUGAGUGGCUUGGGCCGCAAUAUCAUCCUCACCACCAUGCCAGCAGGUACUAAGCUCAUUGCUGGCAAUAAGCCUGUUAGUUUCCUCACUGCCCAGCAGUUGCAGCAACUUCAGCAGCAAGGUCAGGCCACACAGGUGCGCAUCCAGACUGUCCCCGCAUCUCAUCUCCAGCAGGGCACAGCUUCUGGUUCCUCCAAAGCAGUCUCCACUGUUGUUGUGACCACAGCUCCAUCUCCUAAACAGGCACCUGAACAGCAGUGAUUGUGACAGAGGUGGCUUCCAUAAAAGAUCACUCCUGGUCUGCCUUGGCUCAAAGAAAGGGAGCAUGGAGGUUUCGUUAUUCCUCCAAGCUUGUCUGUUAAAGGCAGGCUAGUGGGGAGGAUAGAAACGGCCUUGAUUCUGCUGCCAUACACCAUACUGGAGCCCUAAGAAUGUUUUACUCCAGGUUCCUGAGUCUGCUCUCUACCAAUCUAGGAGAAGAUUCUGUCAACAGUCGUGGAAGGUCAUGAUUCCAUCAUUCAAGCCAAAGUUCUCUCCUGAGAGUAGGACGCCCAGGGAAGGCUUACUAUUUAGAGUGGGCAGGCAGUGUGUAAGCCUUGUUCUAAGGGUUGUAUUUUUUAGUUUCUGGUUUUCUUUGUGACUUGUGGUCUAGAUAUGAGUUUUGUGUUCUGAAAAUUUUGUGUAACUUAUUUUUUUAAAGAGCCUAUUACACUCUUCAUCAAAUAGAAAUGUGGGCUUUAGCUCCUCUCUAAAAUGACCACUUGUUUUUUUUGACCAGAAUGAGAAUCCUAGCCAGUUGGUGGCUGAUUUGAUAACUACAUUGUAGUUGAGAGUCUAUGAGAUGAAAAAAAACAUAGAAGUUAGGUAGUGUGGAUUCCCCAAAAUGGGAUUGUUCUGGCAUCACCUCUUUGUUGGGGUCUUGAUUGUGGUCCAUACCUUCAUCUGCCCAGUGGGCAGAGUACAGUGACAGAGACUUUGCAGCACCAACUUUGUUGCAUUUCAGAGAUUGUGCAUUCUGUUUUGUUCUAGAGUUGGAGUCACAAACCCCAGGCUCUUGGGCCCAACCACCAGUUUUUGUAAAUAAAGUUUUAUUGGAACAUAGCCAACACCCAUUUGUUUAUGUAGUAUCUAUGGCUGCUUUCAAGUUAGCAGGCAGAAUCGAGUAGAUAUCAUAGAGACUGUGUGGCCCUCAAGCCUGAAGUGAUAUACUUUUAUAACCCUUUAAGAAAAAGUAUGUUGAUUUCUGGCAGGAGAAACAGCAGGUAGAAAGUUGGCAGUGUGCAGGGUUGGGCACUACCAGCUUCAGAAGAGGUUAGUCUGGAUUUCAAUUUAUUUAUUCCUGGUUAUUGCAGUCCUCAGCCACUUUUAGCUCUAAGUGGAACUCAGAAUGGUAUUUUAAAAUGUCCUAAGUACUUAAGGAACUGGUCAUUUAUAACAUAUGCCUCACCUAUCAUGGGGCAGGGGUGGUAGGAAUGCUUUUUUGCAAUGAUAGGGCUUCCCUAUCUCAGAAGUUAUUCAUAUUAUUAAAAAAAUUUUCUUGAACCUGUGGACUGUUAGUGGUGGUCUUAUAUAGGAUCUGGGUGGGGAAAUAGAGCUGGAGGACACAGAAUGGAAGUGGCCUGGUUUAGAUGGUAGCUAUGUUGCAGGUGGGCAUUAGGCAAGGUGCUGAGAAAAAGGUUAGAGUGACUUGUUGGUUACCCAGUGGUUUUAUAAUUUCCUAUAGCAGUUCUGUAAAAUAGAUGUAUCAGCCCCCUUUUAGCUGUGAGAAGAUGAGUAUGACUGAAGAUUAAAAACAGAACCAAGGUGAAAACUCAGACUUCUGAUCUUAAGAUUCCUUCUCUGCUGCAUUCUUAAGGGGAGGAUGGCUAGGAUGUAUCAUGAUGGGCGUUGGGGACAAUCAGAGUUGGAAGGUGGGAACCCUAAAUUCCAGAGGACAGAGGAGACAGGUAAGACAGAACUCUUGAUGGAUGUAUGGAAGACUGGCACAGAAAUAAGACUAGAAAUGGUGAGAGGUAGAGACUAGAGGGAGGGAACAACAGGGUACUUUACUUGAGUGUUUUAUAAUAUAGAGAUCAUUCUAAGAGUUACUUUUCACAUAGGAAGCCAUGUGACAUGUGGCACGAAAGAGAAAAAGAUAGAAAUUUGAGGUAUUCUGUCUGAGAUAUUUAUUGCUGGUUAAAAACAAACCUCUUCUGAAUUUACUUAACAAAUGAUGCCAUAAAAGUAGCGCUGGCAUUCAGCCGAAGCCCUAUCCUACACGUUAAUCUACUGAAGUUAUCUAACUGCUUUGUGCUACAGAUGUGUAUGUUCUAGAGAGCAGGGAUGUGAAACACAGGUCUAUUUCAGGAUGUCAGUGUGGCUUGACUCCCUGGGAGAUCUAAUAUUGGCACUAUUCAGCCUGAUGGUGGAAUAGCAUAGAGUGAGAGUUGUUCAUGGUGAGAGCACCAGUAUUUGUACCAUAUAUGCUUCCUUCACAUGUAGACUUCAGGACUCCAGGUGAUGGGGCAGCUGUGGUGGGGAACAGUUCUUGAAAUCUGGCGACAGCCAUUAAGCUGGUUGACAGAGAUUGGUAAAAUUAUUCAGACAGCACAUCCAAGAGAGGAGUUGAUGAACAACAUCAUGAUCCAUUUGUACUUUAGUAUCAUAUCUAAGAAUGUUUAUGCCAGGGUUGAUCACUUCUAUUAAGGUGUUCCAAACCAUGAUGUGGGGCUUGCAUCAAAAUAAAUUUUAAUAUCUCCUAUCCGAUUUUCACACCUCAA